CGGACGGAGGCACAUCCGCUCGAUGUCGUGUUUUUCGUUAGCAGUGCUACUGGCCACAGUUCACACCCGGAGUAACAAAGAGUCUGUACGUGGACUCGCAUGUGCUUCGGAGCUCGAGGUUCAGCCAUUCGGCAGUUGUUGGAGAAAUUAGGACCUUGAACACGUUCGCUGAAAGAUUGGAUGGUGGUUUUGAAGUGUGUUUUCUUUUCCAAUGGGUGCAAUUUGUUAGUGAUUCUGGGAAAAAGCUCAGCUUCAUGCGAAUCAAUUUUCGUUUAAUGUGCCAAGUGGCUGGAAAAAAAGUGAUAUAGUGAUAGGAUUGAAGCAGAAUAUGAUUGCAGUGUAUAAGUGCGAGAAAUAUGUUGAGGUACGGUAGGUUACUAAGUUUUCAGAGUGUAGCUGCUAUAAUCUACGAAGCAAGCAUGCUGUAAUACAUUAGCAAAUUCAUGAACCCAUGUUGCACCGUAUCAUGUUGCGCUACAUCUUAAUCGCGACAUGUUGCAUCAUAGCCAUCGCCGUCUUCUGCAUCAUAGCGACUUCCUCUGCCACCAACGAUGUAGCAUGCAAAAAUCACCAUCUAGAUAAGCGCAGUGUGUUUCAGUUCAAACACAAUGCCAGCGAGCGUCAGCUAAGGAUGGGUGCGGAAAAACCGUCCAUAGUCAACGAUGAGCGGGAUGCCCCCAGAACGAGACCGCAAUUGCGUUCCUCAAAAACAUCCAACGUUGCAUUUGAUCCGACCAAGUACGUGUGCGGGGAUCCGAAUUCGGUCGAAUGUGUCAACAAAACGCAAACCUUCAAAGCGCGAGUACUGUCUGAGUUCAGAAGGGUUUUGAAGGAAUCAUUCGAGGAGAACAAUUACUAUAACGUUCAUUACGUUAAGCCGGUAUAUAACGGAGAAAGCGAAUUAUGUCGACUUAAAAGGGCUAGGGUUAGAGUUCUUUCGUGGAAAGAUUCACCUUUCAAUUGGAAUGAAAUUGGAAGCUAUUUCCCGCUAAGCCCUUUGUUUAGAGAACGAAAUGCAUCAUGCGUCAUUAUUGCAAGCGCUGGGUCACUGAAAGGAUCAAGAUUAGGAAAUUUUAUUGACGAUCACGACAUCGUGAUGCGGUUUAACCAUGCGCCAACGAAAGGUUUCGAAGCUGAUGUAGGUUCGAAGACAACGGUGCGGGUGGUAAACUCUCAGGUGGUCACCAAGCCAGAAUUUAAGUUACUCACUGCCAAACAAUUUAAACACGUAUCAAUUGCCGCCUGGGAUCCGGGAAAGUUCGACCAAACCCUUGACGAAUGGAUCAAAACCCCCGAUUUCAAUUUAUUUGAAAAUUUUAAAAAGUAUCGAGAGAAGUAUCCCGGUUCCAACUUUCACCUCGUGGAUCCAAGAAGCAUUUGGCAGGGAUGGACGGCUCUGCAAGAUAAAACGCACACGGAUAUAAUGCGGAAUCCUCCUACUUCAGGGUUUAUCGGUCUUGGACUGCUGUUACCAGCAUGUCGAUUUAUCGACAUGGUUGAAUACAUCCCCAGCAGCCGAAUGAAUGGCCUGUGCCAUUACUAUGACUCAGAGAUGAACUCAGCAUGCACAUUCGGUUCGUGGCAUCCGCUGGCAGCGGAAAAACUCUACGUUCUUCAGAUGAACACUGCCGAUGAGUUUACGACGUUCCAGCGGGGAGUGGUGCGCAUCAGCCCAGACAGCGACAGCAGUUGUUGAGAUUAAUCACAUGUUGUGCACGUGAAAAGUAGUAAAAGCCUCGAUCGUAGUUAUGCAGGUGGAAGAUGGA